AUACUAAAAUCUCAAUAAAGGAAAUUAUUGUUUGUAUUAUUAAACAAGAACGAUGAUGUUUUAACAGUAAAGAUGAAGUAGAACUAAUGUCAUUCUAUUUUGUUCAUGAAUUCCAUACGAGUUACUUGAGGUAACUCUUAUUCUCGCGAAUUGUUCGUAGUCUCUGGCUAUGGUCUAAUAUGAAAUCUUGAUAUGGGGUAAGCACUGUCCCCGAGUAUAUAUGGUUUAAUAUCCCAUCCCGAUGCGCGAGUUCUUGUAAACCCUGGCGUCGUACAUACUUCCUGUGUAACCUGCGAAUACAUCCAAAAGUAACCAGUACCCAGGCCCAGGCCCCCAGUCUUUGACGGGAAUAUAUUAGAUUACCCAAAAGUGGAGAGCACCUAAUCGAUGAAGAAGCGUCAAAUCCGAGCCAUAAGUUGUAGUACCUCGGUGCAUACAUCGCAGGUGCCGCAGGGGAAAUGAUUUCUGGCCUACUGGGUCUUAGGACCAGCAACGCCUACCAGAAACAAAAGAAGAACUUCAAGAUUACAGAGACUUUCUCAUAAUGACUCAUGAGACAAUGAAACCCGUGGAGUACCUAAGCGAACUGAAACAUUUUCAGUUAUCAGAGAAAUAACCGAAAUAGCUGAUUACAAAAAAGGUAGAAGAAAUAAAGGGCCGAUACACCUUCGCUGACUUGAUGGACCUUGGGCAAGAAGCUUCUAAAGACGCAAAUCAUCCAGUGUUAACCCGCAAGGGCCUGGAAGAGUUGACGCGAAAGGAAGAGAGCCAGAAAAGAAAUGUGAGAGGACCUAGAGGUACCGCACUCGCCUCAAAGGGAAACGAAAACCAACCGAAGCAAACCGAUGCCCGGGCAAAGCCCACUGACAGCAAAUGUACGGUAUGUAAGCCCUCGCACAAGAACCACGUGAUGAAUGAACUGACCCAAGAAACUAUGAAAGAGAAAGAAGAUAUAUGCAAGAAAAGAGGACUGUGCUUUGGGUGACUUUCCCAAGGACACCGAAGGAAAGAAUGCAAAAGCAAAAAAAUGCACUUUUGGCAUUGAAUAUUUUAUUGGUAGUAGUCACAGAUGCACAGGCGUUGAAUAUGGCGGCCAUGUUUUUGCUUGCUCUGCGAUUAUCAGAUCUAGUGGUUUUCAGCAACCUUACUACCCAACCUAAAAAUGGAAUCUCACCCUAUCUGAGGCUCCUCCGUCGACAAGACUACAAAUCUUCGAGCUAUCAUGUAUAUUUACAGAGAUAAUUCACUCUCAUAGGCGGUCAAGCUCUAGUACCUAAACAUCGAUCUCUCACACCACCUGGACAUUCCAGGUCGAAGAUCCCUAUUGAAAAAUGGUCUAAGCAUGGCUUUACAUCUUUGGUAGUACCGGGGCAUGAUCCACCGACCGACAUUACCGUUUUUGUAGUUGAUAGGGUCCCCCGGUCCCGAUCAACUGGACCCUAGGAGUACAUCCUUGGCGGGAAAUUUGCAUAUUCGCCAAACCAGUCCACCUAGGGGAAGGAAAACCCUGAUUCCAAACCUCCGCUGCCUUGCGGCUAUACCCGUUGUGGGAAAGGCUAAGGGAGCAAACCCCUACAGAAAACCCGGAGUGGAGCCCCGUUAGGCAGCCUGUCUUAUCAGUCGCUGGCAACUCCUGCAGUCGACCUGGUACCAAACGUAUUGGCUAUGUCUUUCCUUUGGACCCUAUCAGCAAGACCGAGAGGGGGAUUCUGGGAGUUGGGCAAACCAGUCUCUCCAUAUUUUAUGCCCAGGCUAGCGCCUGGAAAGAAAUGUCAACUUUCAUCGCGCUGAUGUCAUGGACACUGACUGUCCGAAGACUGCCUACUACUAAUGGUCAUUAUCUGUUAUGAGUAGUCCUUAUAUGGUAGUCACGCCAUCACGUGACUAACAAGCAACCCUGUAAGCCUGCCAUGUGAUUUGAAUAAAUCAGUCUGAAUGUGAUCUUGUCGUAGCCUGUAGUCCUGUUACUAUUACAGCCAUAACUCAAAUCAUUACAUGGUACCAGGAGUCGGAGGUCAAGGGCGACAAUAAUCAUAGAUAUGGAGAAAAUCAAGCCACCGCCAGAACUAGACAUGGAUAGUCGGAAUUUAGCGGAAGCAUGGAGAGAGUUUGAAGAGAGCUGGGAGCUGUACGAGAUAUCGAGUGGGCUAACAACAAAGGAGGAGAAGGUCCAAGUGGCCACACUUUACAGUAUAGUGGGGCUGAAAGCUCGAAGAGUUUUAAAGACGCUACCAGGAAUACCAGAGGCGAUAGCAGAGAGAAAGGUCAAAGACACCCUGAAGGCCCUAAAGGAUUAUUGUAUGCCGCGCACGAAUGUAACCUAUGAGAGGUACAUUUUCCGAACAACCACUCAAGGGGAACGGCAGUUCGAUACAUUUCUAACCGAGUUGAGACGCAAGGCCGCGCUGUGCGACUUUGGUGUAAUAAAGGACUCGCUCAUACGUGAUCAAAUCGUUCUUGGAACCAACAGCCCUACGCUGAGGGAGCGACUCCUCCGUGAACCGGAUUUAACCCUCACGACAGCCAUAAAUCUGUGCCGAGCUUCAGAGCAGGCGAUUGAGCAAUCGAAGUUGAUCACGAGGCCAGAGCAGUCACAGGAAAUCAAGGAAAUUGAUUCGCUAAACGCAAGAGCUCCGACACAGAAUCAGAACAAGGGACAGAGCUUCAAAUGCAGAUUUUGUGGGCUGCAACACGAUCGGGGGAAUUGCACAGCAUACAACGCAACCUGUCAUCGGUGCAAGGAGAAAAAUCACUUCGCCCGCUGUUGCACGAGGAAACUCCCCCAACCGCAAGCACAUCAACAACAGCGUGGUGCUUCUAGAGCUAUCCGCGAGGUCGAGUUACAAGAGCAGCAAGACCCAAACAACCUGUACAAAGAAAUCGAGAGCCUUUACAUCGAAGAGAUCAAAAGUAGCAACAAGAUAAAGUGUGUGGAACAGUGCCUGAGUUUGAAUGGGAAGAACGUGACUUUCAAAUUAGACAGCGGCGCAGAAUGUAACGUGAUCCCGGAAGCGGUUGCGAAAGAACUUGACUGCACGAUCGAACAAACAGCACUCAAACUACGAGCUUUCGGAGGAAACCCCCUAAAAACUGUAGGCAAAUGCUAUAUAGAUACACUUGUCCAAGGGCAAGAGAGCCCAAUCGCAGUUGAGUAUUAUAUAGUAGAGCACAAUGUUAGACCCAUUUUAGGCGUAGAAACGUGUCUGAAAUUAGGUUUAAUCACAUUUAGUGGUGGUGCGCGAGCGCAAGGUCUUAGCAUAGAUGCGCUAGAGCAGCCACGCAACCUCCUGGAUCAGUUUGAGGAUGUUUUCACAGGUCUGGGAUGUGUUGAGGGUGAGUAUGAUAUCUGCCUCAAAGAGGGCGCAAGACCUACAAUUCAGCACCAACGAAAUGUUCCACUGCGUUUGAUAGAGCAGUUAAAAACCACCAUCAAUGACCUUGAGCAACGGGAGGUAAUCAAAAAGGUCAACGAGCCAGUUGAAUGGGUGAGUAACCUUGUUAUUGUAGAGAAGAAAGAUAAAUCCCUUAGACUAUGCCUAGACCCCCCUGAUUUAAAUGAAGCCAUUGUAAGGGAAGAUUAUAAACCGCCUUCAAUCGAGAAAAUAUCAAGCACCCUUAAUGGGUGUACGGUAUUUACAGUUGUAGAUAUGUCCAGUUGCUAUUGGCAUAAGAAGCUGAGUGAUGCAGCAUCAUUACUCUGCACAUUUAACACGCCCUUUGGUAGGUUCCGGUUUUGUAGAAUGCCAUUUGGAAUUUCAUGUGCUAGUGAAGUGGCACAAAAAAUGGUAGAGGAGCAUUUUGGUGACAUAGAAGGUGUGCUUCCUGUUUAUGAUGACAUUAUUAUUGCAGGAAAAACGACAGCCGAGCAUGACAGAGCCCUACACAAGGUGCUUGAGAGAGCCAGGGAAUGCAACAUCAGAUUCAACAAAUCCAAGAUACAGUACCGGCUAGACAAGGUAAGCUAUAUGGGGGAGGUGGUCAGUAAUAACGGGUUCACGCCAGAUCCUGCUAAAGUAUCAGCCAUUUUGAAGAUGCCUGUCCCACAGUGUAAAAAGGAUUUACAGAGAUUGCUGGGAAUGAUCAACUAUUUAUCAAAGUACAUACCCAGCAUGGCUGAAUUGACUGCCCCAUUGAGAAUGCUCCUGAGGAAGGAGGCAGCCUGGGCCUGGCACCCAGAGCAUGAUGCAGCAUUAGCUAAGCUAAAGACAGCACUCACAAGCAAACCAGUACUUAGAUUCUAUGAUAUACACUUACCUACCACCUUGCGGGUUGACGCCUCAAAGAGUGGACUUGGAGCCUGUUUGCUCCAGAAUGGUCAACCUGUAGCAUAUGCCUCCAGGGCCCUGACUAGUGCAGAGCAAAACUAUGCACAAAUAGAGAAGGAGUUGCUGGCAAUUGUAUUUGGAUGCGAGAGAUUCAAUAUGUAUACCUAUGGGGCAGAUAUUGAUGUUAUGACUGACCAUAAACCUUUAGAGUCCAUCUUUAGGAAACCGCUGCACAAAGUGCCUCCCCGUCUACAGCGAAUGAGGCUGAGACUCCAAAAAUACCACACUUCUGUCCGUCACGUGCCAGGCAAAUACCUAUACAUAGCCGACACCUUAUCCAGAGCAUAUGACACAGAAGCCCAAACCCAAACUAAUGACAUGCAUGACGAAAUGGAGCACAUGGUCCAUUGUAUUAUGACAGACCUGCCUGUCUCAGACACGAAGCUCUCACAGCUCCAAGAAAUAACAGGCAAGGACCAGGACAUGUUACUUCUUGGUAAGUAUAUAAGGGAAGGGUGGCCGCAAAACAGACAAAGUGUUCCAGUGCAACUUAGACCCUACUGGAAUGUGCGUCAUGACCUACACCUGUUAGAUGGGCUUGUCAUGAAGGACCAGCGAAUAGUUAUUCCAGUCACAUGGAGACCGCAAAUUCUCCAACAAAUACACAAGGGCCAUUUUGGUAUAGAGAAAAGUAAGGCUAGAGCACGGGCCGCGGUAUACUGGCCGGGUCUUAGUGCCGACAUCUCCGAAAUGAUAACAAAAUGUGACAAGUGUUUAAGUUUACAGAGAAAACAGCAGAAAGAGCCAAUGCAGCUCAGGGAGGUACCACUGUUGCCAUGGCAACACAUUGCAUCAGACAUUGACAUGGAUACCCUGAAACGCUCACAGCUGAUAACAACCCUUUUAAUGCAGAAGAAAUGCACGAAUACGCCAGUCGAUGUGGAUUUAGAGUUAUUCCUACUAGUCCUUUAUACAGCCAGUCCAAUGGCCUGGCAGAGAAAGCAGUAGGGAUUGUAAAGGGAAUCCUAGGUAAGGGAUGCAAUCUACAUGAAGGUCUAAUGGUCUAUCGCAACACUCAGGUAAGUAAUUUUCCAUACUCUCCUAACCAGAUGCUUUUCAGUCAUCAGGUACGUACAACCCUCCCCAUGCACCCUAGAGCCCUUCUCCCCACUGUGCAUGAUGACAUCCGCAUACAGCUACAGGAUCGG